AUGUGUGUGAGCAUGUUUGCAGCGGCGAGAUUGGAUGAACUUGAAAACAAUUUUGAAAAGGUUUCAGAUGACGAAGGAUUUCCUGCAAAGAGUUCAAAUCCUGAGAAAGCUAGCGAGCAGAUUCUAAAGCAACCAAGGUUUAGGAUGAGGAAGAAAUUCCGUCAAAAAGUUGCAAAUGUUGCAAAGCUAAUGGAGCAGAUCCUAAAGCAGAGAGCCAUCAAUUCAAAAUAA